AUGGGCCACCGUUUUGGUCUCGCCUUCCCGCUGCCCCUCGACCCUGCUGUAAGCAUGCCAGGCUCGGCAGGUACUGGCUCGGCAGAGUUAGGUUCGGCAGGGACAGGUUCAGCAGGGGAGAGUGCUGGAGGGGCUGCUUCGGAGCAGCCUGCUUCUAAAUGGCGGUUUGUGAUUGGCUGGCUGAACCGAGUGAUGGAGAAAAAGGCAGAGGAGACACAAGAGCAGCAGCAGGAGGAGGAGGAGGAUCAACAAGGGGUGGAAUCCAGAGAGCUUCUUAGGCUGCGCUUCCUGACACUCUGCGCUGCCAUCACUGCCCUCUCCUCCCUCUCCCCGGUGCUGGCUCUCGGCGCAAGCAGUGCGGGUGGUAAGAGGGGCGAACUCGGGGGAGAGACGGAGGCAGCAGCAGGAGAGGCGGGGAAGGGGAGGAAGAAGGCGAAGCGGGGAGGAGCAGAGGGAGCGCGGGGUGUGGGGGAGGAGGGAGCGGUGGGGAGCGGUGUUGGUGCGCUGGCGGCUGCUGUGGCGCAUGAGCUGUCGUUUGGGUGUGUGGGGGCGGGCGAGGGGCGGAGCCGGUGGGUGGUGAUGGGGAGAGAAACAGGCGGGGAAGGGGAAGCAGGAGUGGAAAAGAAGGAGGGAAAGGAUGAGGGAAGCGGUAUGUAUCCGACCAGGAGGGGGAGGCAGUGGGACGGCACAGUGGGCAGCAUCAGCAGCGGUGGGGAUCUCAACGCGGCGUACCUGUCCCUUACUUCCUCCUCUGCUCUCCCCCUCUGGAUCCCCGCUGCCUCUCGCCCUGUCGUGAGGGAGUUUGUGCUGCUGCUGCUCAGCCUAGCUGCUAGGGAGGUGGCUGGUGGAGUGGGAGGGAGGGCUCAGACAGCUCUGGCGGCGCUAAGGAAUCCUGUGUUCUACGAGAUUGAGGCAGCUGCUGAGCUGGCAGAUUCACUCCGCCAUCUAGUUCGGAACCCUGAUGCUGACUCAGCAGGUACAGAUGCUGACUCGUCAGAAGAGGAGGUGGAGGAUGGGCAGGAAGGCGGGAGAGAAGUGAGAGAGCAGAAGGGGAAGGCCCUCCUUCGUUUUCUCUCCCUCCACCAAUCUCUCUCCCAUCGCACUCGUUCCGAACCAAGUUGUCCCGAGCCUGGGUCUGGUCUCGUGCCGAAGCUGCUGCCGUGGCUGGUGGUAGGCUCAGUGGGAGCAGGUGUUGUGAAGCGAUGGGAGCAGCAGGAGGGACGGAAAGGGGAGAAGAUGAAACGGAUUGGGGGAACAAUGGGGGAUGGGGACGCGUUGCGAGAUGAGGAAUCAUGGGAGGCGAUGGUGGCGGGGAGUGGAGCAGCAGUGGGCAUGGCAGUGCAUGCAGUCAUGAUGGAUGGUGGCACGGAGGGGAGCAAAGAGAGGAGCGAGGAGAGGAGCGAGAUCCCUGCCACGUGGCGUGCUCUGAUUGACUGCCUCGAGCCUGCUGUUGAAGCGGCGUUGAGGGGGAUGCUGGGGGAGAGUGAGAAGGGGAGAGAGGAAGGAAGAGGGGAAAAGGAGGAAAAGGAGGUGGGAGGAGAAGGCAUGGACGAUGGUGUGGAUAGGUUGUCAUUGCGUGAACUCGGAUUCGAUGUGGUUAGGGAUGGUGGUUUGCUGGACAUGCAUGGUGGGGAUGUUGCUGGUGAUGGGGAUGAGAUUGAUGAUGUGAAGGAGAAAGGCAGGGAUGGGUUGGGGGAAGAUGAGGAGGAGAGCGAGAAAGCGGAGAGUGAGGAAGAGGAUGAUGAUGGUGAGAGUGAGAGUGAGGAUAGUGAGGAAGAGGAGAGUUCGGAAGAGGAGAGUGAGGAGGAGAGUGAGGAAGAGGAGAGUGAGGAGGGCGAGAAGGAGAGUGAGGAGGAGAGUGAGGAGGAGAGUGAGGAGGAGAGUGAGGAAAAGAGUGAGGAGGGGAGUGAGGAGGAGAGUGGGGAUGAAAUGGAAGUGGAUGGAGACACAGAUGCCAGCAAGCGAGGGAAGCAACUGGGGAGUGCUGCUCAUGCAGAAGGGGGCCUCUCAACACAGUCUGGCAGCUCAGCAGGGUUGGAGAACGGUCCAAUAGGGUUGGAUGCGGUGGCAGUGUUGGCGGAGAAGCUCAUUCACAGCUGUCCCAGCGGCCACUCCCUUCACUUCCUCUCUGCCCGCUCUCCCCUCCUCGCCUCCCUGCUCUUCAAAGCCAUCACCUCCUACACACACUCCCACUCUCACUCCCUCCCUCACUCUCUCCCUCACUUCCUUUCUCACACUCCCAUGCACAUGCUACCCCACACGCCCUCGCUUUCACCUUCACUCUCUGGCCUCUACCCAUCCUCUGUCUCCUCUGCCUUUCACGUCCCCUCCAUACCCUCGCUCGCUCCCUCACUCUUUUCUUGGCUCACCCCAUCACCCGCUCCUUUGAUAACUCCCGCCAGUUUUUUCACCAUCUGCCAUCACAGCCUGUCAACGCUCACGACUCUCGCUGCCCGGAGCGCAAUUUUCCCUUUCCGGGCAGGUCACGUCAGCCUGGGUCUCGCCUGCCCGAACCUCAUUCUGCUCACCAUCUCGCCUUCUCCUGAUUCGUCUGCUGGCAUGGGCCUCGGCGAACGGGCGGCGUUGUUUGUUGGUUUCUGCCAGCUGCUUUGUGCUAUCAUCCGUCAGAGGAGCCGGUAG